AUGCCGGUCGCUGGCGGAGGCCGGGAAGCCACCAUGAGCGUCCGGCGUGUCCGCGGCUCCUUUAGGGGCUCGCUGCGACAGUACGUGAGCGGCGAGACGGCCAAGCGGAACCCGGUGAGACACUUCCAAUGGGUCUACCAGAACGACGAGUGGCACAUCGCCUACGUGCCUAUGUUUUCUCUUCCUUCUCACGUGCGUUUGGCCGUGGUUCGCCACCAGCGACUCCCCAUGAAGGACUUCGGCGCCGAAGUGAGGGCAUCCAUGGACGUUGAUCAGUUCCUCAUUCAAGCCGUACUCCUCCUGGACGUGCAGGAGACCUCGCUCGAAGGCAUUGUCGACAAAAUGCUACAAAAGGUGCUUGACGGACGCGAACAAAUGGCAACCCUAGCGGAAGCAAAGGAAUCACUUUUCACUCAUGAACAAGUGCAUCUACUAUCCAGGACGAUCCAGGGAACGUGUAUGCGAGAGGGGGGAGGAUUCGACUACGACCAGUCCUGGAUUUGUGCACUUUGCGCGCUGCCGUCCCUUCAGAAGCGGCACGUGGCCGUGGCGCGGCUCAAACACCCGGCCAACAUGGGUCGCACGUGUCACGAGGUGCGCUUCUUCAUACUGGUGCUGACUCCGAGCAAGGAGAAAGGCACCAAGAACGCCCUGGAGACGGGCCGCACGUUCGCCACCAUCUUCGCCGACAUGGACUUCCGGCAGCGCCUCCUGGAGGUGCACUCCGAGGCCGAGUUCAAGAACGUGCUGCUCAAACACGCCCAGGACCUGGCCGCCGAGCAAAGCAACCCCGUGCACCUGAGGGGAUCGCAGGCACAGUUAGACUUCCCGCAGGCCUCCAGAAGAAAGCGUGAGCCCCGUAGGUGUCCCAUCGCUCAAGGUCUUAGCGAUGACCUGCGGCGACGGUUGUCGCAUUACGUCAGCGACUAUAUAGAUGGAGUGGUAGGCCACCGGACAAUCUACAAGACCGUCUCCACCAUCUUCUUUCUCUAUUUUGCCUGCCUUCUGCCAACCAUUGCCUUCGGAGCGCUGAACGACACGAACACCAAGGGCAAGAUAGACGUCCGCAAAUGCAUCAUCAGCCAAACCAUUGGCGGCCUCUCCUUUGCCCUUGGUGGUCAGCCGUUGGUCAUCCUCAUGACCACUGCCCCUCUCAGCCUGUACAUCAAGGUUAUCUACAACAUCUGCGAAGACUUCGAUCUAGACUUCUACGCCAUGUACGCCUGUGUGGGGCUGUGGAACACCUUCUUCCUCCUCAUGUUCGCCGUGUUCGACGCCAGCAAGCUGAUGAAGUGGUGCACAAGGUCGACGGAGGAGAUAUUCGCGCUAUUCAUCAGCAUCGCCUUCUGUGUGGACGCCGGGCGAGACGUGUACAAGAACUUCCAGCGCUACUACUACGCGUCCGAGUGCUCGCCCCCGACGGUGGAGGCGCUGAGCCGGCUCCUGCACAACGUGGGCGCCGCCACCAACAACACGACGGCGGCCGAGGCCCUGCUGGAGGCCCUGCCCACGUGCCGGCGAGAGAAUAGCCUGCUCUUCCUGCUGCUCAUGCUGGGCACCGUGUGGCUGGCCGUGUCCCUGUACAACUUCAACAAGACGCCCUACCUGCAGGCCAGCAAGCGUGAGAUGCUCGCCGACUACGCGCUGCCCGUGGCCGUCAUCGCGCUCAGCUUCCUCGGCUCGUUCGUCUUCCGAGAGGUCGAGACGGAACAGUUCCACUUCGGCCACAGCGACCAGUUCGUGCGAGCGCGCGUCGAGGCGCUGAAGUGGCCCGCCGCCCUGGCCGCCAUGGGCCUGGGCCUCGCGCUGUCGCUGCUGUUCUUCAUGGACCAGAACAUCUCCGCGGCGGUGGUCAACAACCCGUGCAACAAGCUCAAAAAGGGCGCCGCCUACCACCUCGACCUGCUGGUCGUGGGCCUGCUGAACGGCGUCCUCUCGCUGUUCGGCCUGCCCUGGAUGCACGGCGUGCUGCCGCACUCGCCGUUGCACGUGCGCAGCAUGGCCGACGUCGAAGAACGCGUAGAUCAGGGCCACGUGUACGAGAUCAUCGUGCGCGUGCGUGAGACCCGGCUCACGGGCGCCAUUUCGCACCUGCUCAUCGGGCUCUCGGUGUUCAUGCUGCCCUACCCGCUGGCGCACAUCCCGACCGCGGUGCUGGACGGACUGUUCCUCUACAUGGCCAUCACGUCGCUCAACGGCAACCAGAUGUUCGAGCGCAUCACGCUCCUCUUCAUGGAGCAGGCCGCUUACCCGCCCAACCACUACAUCCGGCGCUGCCCGCAGCGCAAGAUUCACGUGUUCACCGUCUGCCAGGUGGUGCAGCUCCUGGUCAUGUGCUUCUUCGGGUUCGCGCCGUGGCCCUACGUAAAGAUGGUCUUCCCCGUCAUCAUCCUGCUACUCUUGCCACUCAGGCACAAGGUGGUCACUCUGUUCAUCGACCAAAAGUACCUGGAAGCGCUGGACGGCGAGCACCAGUAGCGUCCUCACACUCUAUGCAGCUGCAGCAGCCGCACGAGGGCCGCCACCAGAGAGAAGCAGCAGCCCGGGUUGUCGUACCUGAAACUUAUGCAAUGCGGCGAGGAUAGUGCUCUCCCCGUUCCUCCCACCGUGUCAAAGUGCCGCCCGGGCGACCGAGGUCGCCCCCCGCAGCCGCGUCAAGGAAAGAGCGCCGAUACAACUCCCCCAAAAGGUUACCCCACACCCCAAGACACCCCCCACUAAUCCCGUGCAGACGUCACGAGGCUUGACCUGUCUGCCCUUCUUUGCAGACAGCUAAGGCAAGCUCAGCUCAGGUUACCUACGACCACGCUGUGGUCAACGCCAGCUGCCGGUCUGGCCAGGCGGGGUUUUGUGCAACUGGGCCCUGUUUGUAACUUAGGUUUCUGCUCCCUACCGGCUUUGGUCGGAGGAGCUGGUCGCACUAAGGCUUAGUGCUCUGGUCGGGUCCUUCAAGUAUAUUGUACGAGUGGGCUGCCUAAGAGUCUUGGCCCUGGUUCUGUUCACGUCCCGGUGAUGGUUAGGGACCCUCUGUCUCCCCACACAGGCGUGGUUUUGGUGGUCAGAAGGACCUGAUCGUCUAGAUCGGGUCCCGAUAAGUCUUUUUUAGAGUUUAGGUGCCGGUCGCGCGACUCCGUUCAGGCCCGUUCGGCAAAGGGCAGUAGCGGCGUGUCGAAGAGUCCGGCCUUCUUUAUCUCGUCCCUGCUACCACAGAUCGCGCCAGUUCCGUCGGUGCAAAUCGAUGGACGAGGCGCUACGGUGGCUUUUACGCGAACGCUGUGCACACACAUGGCACGAUGCAAAAAAAAAGAGAGAGACAAAUAAAAGAACACAGCGGCAAGGCCCGAGCCCCCAUGAAUGUCCAGCAUCGAAUUCAAUCUAGUCGUUGGCUUUAACGCGCUAACGCGUGCAGGCCAAAAGUAACUGCUGCAUUUACCCUUAUCUAGGAGCCCAUGAAAGCCUGCAAAAAACAUAACUGCACUCGCAAGUGGCUGCCAGUUAUCCAAGCCACAACCAUGACCGGUCGCAAUACCAGUUCUAACGGUUCACCUAGUCGACUCUGCAGGAUGCGAGACUAAACUCAUUCGUUGUGUCUUGUUCGUGUGUCCGUGCAUCUUCUGUCCCUAUAGGUGUACUUCUACCAGCUCCAUGGAGAAACAAGCAAAAUUGUAUCUCAUGUCCGUUGUCGCGUGGUAUAUGCUGUGUCCGCCGUCUCAGUCUUCACACUCGUGGCUCUUGCCUGAGAAGGCCACGCUCCAUGCGAGUCCCCCCUUGUCCGUUCAACUUUUGUUAUAUUUCUCGGCUUGUGGUUUGUCUCUCCAGUCGUCCGCCGCCUGGAACGGCGCGCGUAUCAGGUGCAGCAAUAUAAUAAAGCGCACGUGGUGAAACACUCACCGACGCAAGAAAAUGUAUAGGCAAACGCAGAGAAACAAUCAGCCCAAACCACACAGUUUCCGUCGUGAGCGUGUAUGUACGUGUUAGUGAAAAACAACUCGAAGACAAGUCGUGUGUGUGUGUACUUCUGCGCAGCCCCUUCUGGCCACCCUUCGGCCACCCACUCCCAUCAACCCUAUUGAUCGAUAACGCCGGAUGUCUUGGAGCAUGGUCCGCAAGUCCAGAAAAUAGAAAAAAAAAACGAGAGGCGGCAAUCAUGCUCGUUUGCGAGUAUCCUUCGGGGAAAGCGUGAUGGGAGGAAAGUUUCAAUCAACGUCUCUCAGCACAGGUUCAGGAGUUGACAGAACACUUGCUGUUCUCCCUCCCUUACCUAAACAUUUCUCUUUCCUUCCUCACAACAGGUAACGUUAGGGAGCAGGUCUUGCGGCCGUAGCUUCACGCGGGCUCGGGCCUUACUUGCUUUUUCUGCUUUCGGCAGUGCGUCUCCCUGCACGAAGGGCUGCAAGGAGACGCCCAACACAACGCGCCCCUUUCUCAACGUGCUAUAGUGGCCUAUAGAGUUGCAUUUACGAAAAAAGGAGAGUGGUAGCAACUGCUCGCAGGUUUCCUUCGGUGCCGUUCUUCAGAGGACCCCCUCCCCCCUUCCAUUUACACUAAACUUUGCAGAAGAAAGGUCAUUCCCAUUCGCCACUGAAGAAACAAAUACGUAGGUACACGCAGUUUGAACCAGUGUCACGGCAACCUCCGAAGAGCAUGCAUUUGCAAAC